AUGACUGCAGCUGAGAUUGAAGCUUCUGAGAGCAGCCCUGUUACCAAGACGUUCGCAAUUGGGCCAGAUGACUUCCAGAGCGGACCAGACCCGACCAUGUUCCCGGUCGACUUACCGGCCUCGGGGCGCCACCCCAACGACAGCAGCGUCCUUUCUGAUGAGGAUUGGAGACUUGGCAAGCCAUUUCCUGCAGAUACGACUUGCGGCAUGUGGGCGCGACCCAGAAAGCCAUUCGACACCCUACCAACCGCCAUCACUUCACGGCUCCGACGUGAGAAGUCGGACAAACAGCCACGACCCAAGCAAGGCGUGGCUGUCAUCACCUUGGCAGUGGCUAUGUACAACCCUGGCUGCGCGUCCUUUGUCGCAGCGUAUUGCCGAUUCGAGACGACGUCCGAGUUCUUGGCCUUCGUCGAUCGCACCCUGCCUCGGGUCACCAUGUCCUGGGUUGGUGCCAUGGCCCGCCAGCCCCCCCGAGAGCAAGGCAGCACGAAGGGGGUGUCGAAUAAGCGCGUCAAAAGCAGCCAGCUGUGGGAGGCGUUCGACCUGAUCAACGAACGCCAGCACUACCGGCGAUAUCUUGUCAGGACGAACCGCAAGCUCAUGCUACUCAACCACGACGACAAACCAGAGCCAACCGACGAGGAACUGGAGGCUGCCACAGUCACCGACAUCGACAAGCUGUGGUCGACCAUCGCGGUCCUGUUCGCCAUCUUACGGGCCUUCACUGACCGCUUCACUGAACACCCUACCGCACCAGCCGGCCCGACGUGCUCUUGGGGGUUCAACAACGAAGACUGGUUCAGGGCUUGGUUGAUGCUGGAAUUCAUGCGCCACCGGCGCUCAAAGAGCCGACCGUCGUUUAAGUCGAGUACUCAUCAUCCCCCGAAAUGGUGGGGGUACUUUACUGGAGAAGAGCCGGACGAUGAUGAGGCGACCGAGGCGAGCCCCAUGGACAGACUGCGUGAACACGCGCGACAGUGUGAGCAAGAACUCGCAGACUUAGGCGCCAUUUUCAACGAAGAUGACGACGAAGGGGACCGUGAUGAUGAGCUCUCGCAGGAGCAGGUCAACAGUCUCCUUCAAAGCACGUCCGUCCGGCCUGAUACAGCUCCGCAUGACCUCAAUUCUGGCGAGGCGCAGGUCAUGGUAUCAAACGCCAUUUCCGACCGCUUCGCCCGACACCUCAAUCUUCUGGCCCCGGGGAUUGACAUGCAACAGAGGCUACAAGAGAGGGUCAACGCUGGGACGAUUCCGGACCGGCCUCCUCUGACCUCGACAGAGGCCCAACGUCUGAUGGUCAAGUUACGUGGCCUCUCAAACAUCAGGCACCAGGAGCAACCGCCAGCGUCUGAUGUCGCACGAGAAAACCCGGCCAGGACUGCAAACAUGCUGGGUGACCGCCCUGCGAAGGUCCAAGACCUGGCCAGGAUUGCUGAUGAGUUGGGGUUGGUGCCUGGCAACGAAUUCGCCUUCCGAGUCCCCGCGGAUAGCCAGGCUGCGGCCGAACUGGCUUUUAAGCCUGCGCAGGUUAUAGAUGCCUAUGAUAUCUCCCACCGCCUCAUGUCCCCUAUCAGAGCCGCUGUCCUUGGCAGUGAGUGUGGCACAGGGAAGACCAACGUUGCACUCAUGGCAAUCUGGAUCAUGGUGCAGAAGAUCAAGAGCGGCAACUUCUCAUACGGACCCGGCAAGCCCAAAUACCUGCCAUCGAUCAUGUUCAUGCCACCAUCCGCUAUCAGACAGUUCGUCCGAUCCGUCAAGCGGUUCUGGCCGAAAGUAUUCCGCGUCUAUUGUCUUUACUCGCACUGGAAGUACGCGGACAUCAUCCUGGCCGAUGUUGUAUGCAACAUUGUUGAGUUCAAGGCAGCGAUGAGCCGCUGCAUGUCAAAUCCCGAGGAUGAGAGCACCGGCCUUACGCUCUUCAUUACAACAUAUCAGACUGGCAUGCGGCGCUUGUUCCGAGGCGUAGACGACCCUAAGCGACUUGACGAUGAAGAGCUUGAGUUGCGCAAGCAAGUCGAACUCGGGUACGCUCGGGCGAACUCGCGUGCGGCGAGAGCUGCUCGGGCAUCGACAACGCCAAGAUUUGCCUCCGAAGACAUAGCGGAGCUUGACCCCGAAGAAAGAGAGUCGUACGAAGAAGCCGAUGAGGCCGCCUAUUCCGAAGCCGAUGUAUUGAUCGAAGAAGACGAUGAUAGCCUCGAUGUUAAUGGUGGACCCGAAGCCGUGCAGAGGUCCAGGACUGGCGCCGCCAAAGCAUUCGAACAUUCCCGGGAGUUGGUUUUUGAGGGAGAAUUCGCCAUUGUCAUAUGUGACGAGUGCCAUGUCGUCAAAGACCCGGCCUCUAUUAGCAAUCACAUGGUGGCUAUGCUCAAGAAGGUCAGCUGGCUCGGAAUUUCUGCCACCCCAGCAGCGAACACUGGCCUCGACUAUCUCGGAUAUCUGCUGCUCGUCUGGAAGACGGGUUUUCCCUUUGGAUUCGGGCACAACGAGACUGAGCUGGCAACACCCUUCUUCGACAGUCACGUCAUCGAAAGCAUCGAGCGCAAGGAGGGACCUUAG